AUGUCGUCGCCCUGCGGGCGAUCCGCGAGCCAGCAGCAGGGGACACUUCCAUCCACACCACCUCCCUCGCAAUCGCGGCCGCUGAACCCGGCUUCUGAAUUCGGCGUCACCGCCAAUGCUGACGACUGCGGCGGCUGGCAACCCACGCAAGCGCUGUCGCUACGGCUGCACCCGCACCCAGAGCUGAGCGACCAGGGGGCUCGCCGCGCCGCCGCCGCUGACUGCAGCAUCGGCGCAGAUGCAGAUGCAGUGGGCGACGGUACCCCUGCGCCGCUGCCGCAGCAGCAGCCAACCCCAGCUGGGGCCGUCAGCCUGGCCGCUGUGGCGAUCCCCAAUUGCCUUUCGGAGAGGCUGGAAGUCGUCUCUUACGCCCUCGAGCUCGCACUUCGUUACGAUGCGAGCGACAAUCAUAUCCACGGCGCAACGCACGACAAGCUAGUCGUCGACGGAGGAGAUUCCGUGGCUACUACCACCAGCAACGACGCAAGCGGCGCCAGCGCCCAGAAUCCUUCCAGCGAGGGCCCCACCGGCUCCACCUCUGGCAGUCAAUCUUCGUCAAAAUUGACCUUCAAGGGUCAGAGGGAUGAUUUACAGGGUAAGAUGCUGCUGGAGAUGCUGGAGUUGGACUCCACACGGGCCCUAGACGCCAUGGAAGCCUGGUCGCGGGCCGUUUGGCUGCGGGCCGAGCGGAAGCGGAAGCAGGUGCCGCAGCAGUUGGAUGAAGGGACAUGGGACGAGUACGUGCGCGACUGGAUGCUACAGCCGAGUCAGGCGCUAUGGUACGGACUCAUGACGUUCGGUCUCGGCAUCAGCUUGACAGAGGAGGAAAGGGAGGAAUGCUUCCGGCUCUGUCGUGGGGCCUUUGUAGCCUUCGGCCUUCGAGAAGACCUCCUCGCCUGGGAUGCUGCCACCGGUGGUGGUAUCACAGCGCCCGAGUUCGGAGCAUUGAACCUGCUCAUUCAGCAGGGCGGUGGUGGCGCUGUAGAAGCGAGGCGGAAGUAUUUGGAAAUUGUCCGGGCUGAGGAGACCGAGUACGCUCAAAACUUGCAGGAUCUGAAUGGCCGGGAUGAUCUUUCUGCCGCGGCCAAGGAGUUCGUUUGCCAGGCGCAGCACAUACUGACGGGCUUUACACUCUGGGCGAAGCUUCGGCUGGCGGGCGGAGCGAACGCCGGGGCUGAGGGUGCCGACGCAGGCUCGUCCGAGAACGGCAUAUCUGAUGAGACGGGAUGUGCGAGGAAGAAGAGGGUCGACUCAGCGAUGUCCAGCCCGAAGAAGAUGGAUCACGAUGAUUGCGAUUUGCAGGACAUGUGUAACACCGACUUACCUGAGGCAAGCACCGAGAUGGUGAUGGCACCCUUCCACUACCUGAAAUCGCUGCCGUCGAAGGGGGUGCGCGAGAAGGCGAUCGACGCUCUGAACAUCUGGGUGGGGGCUUCGGCCGAAUCGAUCUCGACCAUCAAGGUCAUUGUCGGCGAUGUCCAUGCCUUGUCACUCAUGUUGGACGACUUUGAAGACAACUCGCCGCUAAGACGCAGUCGGCCUGCAACGCAUGGUGUUUUCGGGGUUGCUCAAACGGUAAAUUCAGCGAACUUCCAGAUUGUCGACGUCAUUGGACGGGCGGCAGAGCUUAACGACGCCGAGUUUCAGCGGGUUGUCAUAGAUGAGAUGAAGAACCUCCUGGUAGGACAGAGCAUGGACCUCUACUGGACGUACAACGUGUCGGUGCCCACGGUGCGCGAGUACCUCCAGAUGGUGGACGGCAAGACAGGAGGCCUUUUCCGGAUGAUAUCGAGACUGAUGGUCGCACGGUCGGAGCUCGAGCCGAAGCCUCUCGGGCUGGACCGGCUCAUGACACUGCUCGGGCGAUACUUUCAGAUCCGUGACGACUACUCGAAUCUCGUUUCGGACCAGUAUACGGCGGCCAAGGGCUUCGCCGAGGACCUGGACGAGGGCAAGUGCAGCCUGAUCCUGAUGCACGCCUUGGAGCACGGGGAUCCAACGGCGCGCAGGCUGCUGAGCGGGAUGAUGCAGCAGCGGCGCACGGCCGGGUGCGCGGGGCCUGGGCACAAGGAGCUUAUCUUGGGGAUUCUAGAGGAGGCCGGGUCGUUGGCAUACACAGCCGGGGUGCUGGGGGCGCUGGCAGUGGAGCUGGUCGAGGAGAUCGGCGCGGUCGAAAGGGCGACGGGGAAGACGAACGCGGCGCUGCGAGGGCUGGUGGAGGCCUUGCGGGUGUAG